AUGGCCAAGGUCGGCGAGGGCGAUCCACGCUGGAUUGUCAGCGAACGCACCGACGGCGCAAACGUGAACUCGUGGCACUGGGAGGAGCGCGAUCUUUCUCAGCACACACAUGACAAGCUCAAGAGCGUCUUUGCCGAGCAUGCAAUCCCGGUCCCGGCAGACAUGGCGACGAGCGUCGAGUACCUCAAGAUUGAGGAGGUGAGCGAAAUCUCCGGCGACGUCACGGUGGCCCAGCGUAAGGGGAAGAUGAUGUGCUACUUCGAGCUGAAGAUGUCGCUGCGGUGGGUGGGCAAGAUGUCAGGCGCGGAUCAGGUGAUUCGUGGAAAGAUGGAGGUCGCCGAGGUCGACCACGACGGAUUCAAGGACGAGUACGACAUCGCCGUCACAUGCCAGGAGAACGACUCAGCGGCACAGCUGCUCGAGUCGGUGGUGCAGGUGGCCGGCCGCUCCACGGUGCGGCAGGGGAUAGCCACCUUCUUUGAUGCUCUCUUCGCCGAGUAUCAUAUCGGCAAGCAGCUGAAGAGCGGCGCCGCCUUGCCCCCCCCACCGCCACCACUCUCUGCUUCUGCAUCCACAACCCUGGCCACCAACGCAGCGGCGGGUAAGAAGUCCGUGACACCGUCCAAGUCGAGCAGCGGCAGCGGCGAUGAGAAUACGUCCUUCUCAUGGAAGAUGCGCUGGGGCGCGCCCGUGGCGGAGCUGUACGCAGCCAUGACGGACCCGAGCAGGGUCAGCGUGUACACGCGAAGCCCUGCCUCCAUGGAUGUCAAGGCCGGCGGCCUGUUCAGCUUCCUCGGUGGUGUCAUCAGCGGCUACUACGUGGAUGUGCAGCCCUCGACCCUGAUCAGGCAACAGUGGCGUCUCAGCAGCUGGCCUGUCGGCGUGCACAGCUCGGUAGUGCUGCAGCUGGUGAAGGAGGAGCCUGGUGUGACGACGCUGGAGUUCACACAGUCUGGCAUUCCUGCUGGUCAGCUGCAGAGCGUGCAGGAAGGGUGGAAGGCGAACUUCUUUGAGGCCAUCAAAGUUGUGUUCGGCUACUCCCUCGAGUACAUCUGA